AUGGUGGUUGGUAAAAAAGGAAUACCAAUAAUUUCAAAUAAAGAAGAUGCAAAUUUCAGAGAAGCCUUGAAAUUAUUCGACUCAAAACAAUAUAAAAAAGCCUUAAAAUUAAUUGAUUUAAACUUAAAGAAGAAUUCAAAUCAUGCGGAAUCAUUAGCUUUAAAGGGAAACUUAAUUUUAAAUUUACCAGCUAAUGGGGAAAAUAAAGAAUCAGAUUCUCUUUCUUAUAUAAAUAAAGCUAUCGCCAAAGAUUCUUCAAAUUAUUUAGUUGACCAUUUGAUUGGGAUAUACUACAGAUCAAAAGAGAAUUACUUUGAAGCUUCCAAAUGGUUAAAAUUAUCACUUGAUAAUGGAUCCCCCAACAAGGCUAUUCUUCGAGAUUUAUCAUUCAUGCAGGUUCAUUUGAGGGACUACAAAUCUUUAAAAGAAAGUAGACAAAUUUAUCUUGAACAUCAACCUGGAUAUCGAGCAAAUUGGACUGGCUUAGCAAUUGCACAAUACCUCAACAACGAAUUAACAAAUUCUAUAAACACGUUGAGUAAGAUUGAAGAUAUUAUUACUCCACACUUGAAUGCCUCCGAUUUAUAUGAACAUAAUGAAUGUACAUUAUUCAAGAAUAAAAUAUAUGGAGAAUUGAAAGAUUAUUCAAAAGCAUUGGAAGUUUUAGAAGGUGAUGAAUCUAAAAUAUUGGACAAAUUAUCAUAUUUAGAAUAUAGAGCCAAAUAUUUAUUAAUGAUGGAUGAUAAAAAAUCAGCUUCAAAAAUUUACCGAGCAUUGAUUAAACGAAAUCCAGACAAUGUUGCGUAUUAUAAUUUAUUAGAAUUAAGUUUAGAUACGAUCAAUAAACCAGUGGAGACUAGGGUUAAAUUAUAUGAAAAAUUGUCCAAUUUUUAUCCAAAAUCUGAUCCACCCAAAUUUUUACCGUUAACGUUCAUUCCAUCAACAAAUCCAAUUUUUGAAACCAAAGUUAAAGAAUAUUUAAUUCCUCAAUUAAUCAAAGGUGUUCCGGCACUAUUUGUAAAUGUUAAACCAUUAUAUAAGAAUCAAUCAAAAUCUGAAAUUAUUGAAAAAGUGGUAUUAGAAUUUGUGGAUAAUGAACUACCAAAUAUUCAAAAUCCAACAGUUUCAGUAUGGACCAAUUAUUAUUUAAGUCAACAUUAUUUAUAUAAAAAGGAGUUGAUUAAAGCUAUGGAAUAUAUUAAUAUUGCAAUUACACAUUCUCCUACAUUGGUUGAAUUAUAUAUCAUAAAGUCAAGGAUAUUAAAACAUGAAAAUAAAAUAGCUGAAGCUAUGGAAGUUAUGAAUGAAGGACGUGAAUUGGAUUUACAAGAUCGAUUUAUAAAUUCAAAAGCAACUAAAUAUAUGCUUAGAAAUAAUUGUGUUAAUGAAGCAAUUGAUACAAUUUCAUUAUUUACUAAAUUAGAUGAGGGGACUAUUAAUGGAUGUAAAGAUUUACAUAUAAUGCAAGUAAACUGGAUAUUAAUCGAAAGUGGAGAAGCAUACAAUAGACUCUACUCACAUUACAAGUUACAAUUAGAAUCACAAGAAAACGAUACUGAUAAAGAAGAGAUUCAAGAGUUAGUCGAAAUCUAUAAAGGAUUAUCACUUAAACGAUUUCAAUCAGUUUUAAAAAAUUUUGAAAUUUUUUAUGCUGAUCAAUAUGAUUUUCAUUCAUAUUGUAUGAGAAGAGGAACACCUCGCGAUUAUAUAGAUUUAAUUAAAUGGGAAGAUAAAAUUCAUUCAACUCCAGUAUAUAUAAGAGCAUUAAAAGGGUUGACGAAUUUAUAUUUUGAAUUAUAUGAAGAACAAAAAGGAACUCCCCCUACUGAUGAUGACAUACAAGUCAAAAAGAUAAAUAAGAAACAAAAGAAAGCACAAGUACAAGCAAACAAAAAAAGACAAGAAUUUGCAACGAGAGUAGAGAGUGAAAAAGAUGAUAGUGAUCCAUUUGGAAUUAAUUUGAUAAAUAACUUGUUGUCGGAUGAUAUUUUGACUAAAUUAUAUGAAUUAUAUAAACCUUUAAUUGUUGAAGGUAAGGAUUUAUUAUUGACUUGGGAAUCAUUAUUUAAAAUUUACUUAUAUCAAGGGAAAUAUGUAUUGGCAUUACUGGCAAUUAAAAAUUUUCAUAAGUUAUUGAAUAAUAAUGGUACUACUACUACUACUACUAAACAUUGCAAAAUUAUAUCAAAUAUGUUGAUUGCUUUAUCUGAUACUUUAAAUUCUGAUAUUGAUGUUAAUCCUGCAAUUAAGAAAGUUGUUGAGAAGGGGAUUAUUAGUUCUUAUCCAGAUUUUGAAAAAUAG